GAAAAGUCCAAAUAUCUGAUCAGUGGAUUGUUAUAUGAACACGGGGCCCUGAGUAUGGAUGGGAGCGUGUGACACAUCAGGGGACAAUAGCACUUGUUAUCUAAUAGAGCUGACCCAGCCGAUCACAGAGCCUGCAGAGAUGAACUAUACAACAGAGAUGAACUAUACAACAGAGAUGAACUAUACAAUGGCAGCUACGGAUGAAAACGCAACAUUUCCCAGCACAGAUCACACACUGCUCCCAUCAACAUUUCCAAACUUCACAAACCUACAUCCGUUGGACAUUGGCAGCGAGCGUCAGUUGAGAGUUUCAGAUAACUCCUCUGUAAUCGCUGCACAAAUUUUUCUUACUACUGCUGCUUGUAAAGGGAUCUCUGGAGUUUUUGUAUGGUCCGCUCUUCUGCUCACCUGUCACCAGAUCUAUCUUCAUCUGAGAAAUUACACUGUCCCCAACGAGCAGCGCUAUAUUAUCCGCAUCCUGUUUAUUGUUCCAAUAUAUUCAUUUGACUCCUGGCUUAGUUUGUUACUCAUUGGCAAUGAUCAGUACUAUGUGUAUUUUGACUCUGUCAGAGACUGCUAUGAAGCUUUUGUCAUAUAUAGUUUCCUCAGUCUUUGCUUUGAAUACCUUGGUGGAGAGAGUGCGAUAAUGACAGAGAUCCGAGGGAAGCCCAUAAGGUCUAGCUGCUUUUAUGGAACUUGCUGUCUGCAGGGAAUAUCUUACUCUAUUGGUUUUCUACGGUUCUGCAAACAGGCUACUCUCCAGUUCUGUAUCGUCAAACCAAUCAUGGCCGUCGUCACGAUUAUCCUGCAGGCUUUUGGGAAAUACCGCGAUGGGGACUUUAAUGUUCAGACUGGGUAUCUGUACAUUACCAUCAUCUACAAUUUCUCAGUCAGUCUGGCGCUCUAUGCGCUUUUUCUCUUUUAUUUUGCUACCAAAGAAUUGCUCCGUCCAUUUGAACCUGUUUUAAAGUUUCUCACCAUCAAAGCAGUGAUCUUUUUGUCGUUCUGGCAAGGGAUGCUUCUAGCUAUACUGGAGCGAUAUGGUGUAAUUCCUGAAGCUCAAAACAUCAAUAACAGCAUGGUUGGUGCUGGGACGGUGGCAGCGGGUUACCAGAACUUUAUCAUCUGCAUUGAGAUGCUAUUUGCUGCCAUUGCUUUGCGCUACGCAUUCACAUGCCAGGUUUACCGGGAGAAGAAGGAAAACUCAACAGCUGCAAGUGUUGCGCCAAUGCAGAGCAUAUCCAGCGGCUUGAAGGAAACCAUGAGCCCCCAUGAUAUUGUUCAAGAUGCCAUCCACAACUUCUCGCCUACAUACCAGCAAUACACCCAACAAUCUAUGCAGGAUGCUGAGCAAAAAACGCAAGGACAGAAUGGACAAUCCACUGCCAAAGCCAGCAACGGGCACACCAGCAAGAAAAAGAAACAGAAUGAAAAAAUGAUGCUGAUUAUAUCAGAUGAUGAAAUUUAAUCAUUACUAAAUCACAUCAAGGAUACAAACAAUAUAAUUAGUUUGUGGUUUUAAACAAUGGGGAAGGACUGUCUUUGUUUACAUGUUUAAAAUCCGAAUGGAUUCUUAAUAGGAAGCGCGGAUCAAUGGUUUUGAUCUAUGCAGUAACUGCUGCGGAUAAAUAUCCACGGUAACAAGAUUCUAAGUGUUCUUUAGCCAAAGGUGAUCAUGGACUUGGAUCACAAAUAAUUUAUUUCAAAAUAUGUAUAUAGAUUAUACAAUCUGUUAAUAUAAA